ACUGGCUUUAGUUAGGAAUUGACUGUUCCGGUGGAUUCUAUACGUCUUCUCCAGCGUUUUUGUGCUAAACUAUUGCUAGUUUUGUAAUAACAAAGAGGUUUUAGCUAUGUUUGUGUAACUGUGGAGUGUUGCUUGACGGUGUGAGGCGCCUCAGUGGAAGUGUGAGUGAAUUACCAGGAUAAAUAUUUGGUGGGAGUUCAAAUCACUUAAGUGUAUAGUGUGUAUCGGGGCGGCUUUGUUAAGUGCCCUUCCCUUGUGAGCGAGCGGUGGUCAGACUUCCCUUGUGAGCGAGCGGUGGUGAGACUCUUCCCUUGUGAGCGAGCUGUGGUGAGACCCUAACCUUGUGAGCAAGCGGUGGAGAGAACCUCCCCUUGUGAGCGAGCGGUGUAGAAACCCUCCCCUUGUGAGCAAGCGGUGGAGAGACUGUACCCUUGUAAACGAGUGGUAGACUCUCCUCUUGUGAGCGGUGGAGAGGAAAACUCCCCUUGUGAGCAAGCGGUGGAUAGACCCUACCCUUGUGAGCGAGCGGUGGAGAGACCCUACCCUUGUGAGCGAGCGGUGGAGAGAGGCAGCCAGGUCCUGCUAGGAUGCCUUCAUGACAGCCACAGGUGUUGCUGAUGACCUAGCAUGCUCCACUAGGCUAUGUGACACAGGUGUCAUGUAUACCAGAGGUCAUCAUCCAGUGUCACAAUUAUAGUGGACGCAUGUAGUGUGUCGUCACCAUGUGGAGGAGUAACAGUCAUGAUGACGUCCUGGACUCCAAACCCAGAUAUAAACGCUUCGGCAAGCGGUCAGGAGGCGGAGGCAGGAGAGCAAAUGAGUGUCUUAUCCUCGAGCCUUCAGAGAUGAUAGUGAUUGACUACCCGGACGUGCAGUUGAUGCGGCCAGGGCAGUGAGUGUCUUGCAACACCAUGAACCUGGAGAAGUUGAUGGCCCUGGAACAAGAUGAGAUUACCAUCAGGCCGGGGGGCCAUGGGGCACCACCCCCACCACCCGGCCACCACCACCACCAAUACGACACUGACCACCACCACCACCACUCCCACCACGACAACUACCUGCCGGAUCUGGUGGGCAGUGCCAUCCUGAGUGGGGCCAGAAACCGUGGCAGUGUGGGUUCAUCAGUGCGUGAUGGCUCUGACACCUCCAGUGCCUACUCUGGCUCUGACACCAUGUGUCACUCACUGCAGUCCUCCUUAGAGCCCGACGAUGUAGAUCUGUCGGGCCUGACGGAGAGCGCCAUAGAUUCUGACGAAGAAGACUUGGCUGAGAGUAUUGAGAGUUUAGCAGUACGCGAUGCAGUACGGGAAUGCCUCGAGAAGGACCCCAGUGAGAGGACGGAGGAUGACAUUAAAGUGCUGUUGGAGUUUACACAGCGGCUGCGAUCUUUUUCCAAUAUGACUUUGGCUGUCAGGAAGGCCAUGUCUCAAGCUAUGGUAGGUUGUAUGCCUGUCAGGAAGGCCAUGUCUCAAGCUGUGGUAGGUUGUAUGUCUGUCAGGAAGGCCAUGUCUCAAGCUGUGGUAAGUUGUAUGUCUGUCAGGAAGGCCAUGUCUCAAGCUGUGGUAGGUUGUAUGUCUGUCAGGAAGGCCAUGUCUCAAGCUGUGGUAGGUUGUAUGUCUGUCAGGAAGGCCAUGUCUCAAGCUAUGGUAGGUUGUAUGUCUGUCAGGAAGCCCAUGUUCUCAACAAAAUCUCUCUGUUCCAGUUUUGGUAUAACCCCAACGAUGGAGAAACUAUACCACCAGGGUAUCAUGCGUUCUAAAGUGGAUGACUGCCAGUUUGUGUGCAUCCCUCAGACAGACUACUACCGCAUCCUCCACCAAUCAGAGGAGAACAUCCGUCGUCAUGAAGAGAAUGGAGUGCUGGUCUUAGUGACAGAACAAAGACCUAUAGAUGCAGGCAACAGGAAGGGCAACAUUGUUAUUAAGGGCACUGCAGAGAGACUGAUGCAACAGUUGGUGGAGGUGGAGAACAAUGUGGACCCAACUUAUGUGGAAGAUUUCCUGCUUACACACAGAACAUUCAUUGAUUCUCCACUGACUGUCUCCAAUAAACUGUUACAAUGGUUUGAAGAUCCAUCUUUGCGAGACCGAGUGACACGGGUCGUAUUGUUGUGGGUUAAUAACCACUUCACCGACUUCGAGAUGGACCCGGUCAUGAUGAAUUUCUUGGAACAAUUUGAAGAAGGUUUGGAGAGAGAGAAAAUGGCAGGCCAACUGCGUCUCUUAGACUUCGCUUGUGCCACAAAAGCCAGAGCGAGAACUGUGACUCUGACUAGGCCUAGCAGGGAUGAAAUACUUCAUUUCUCUAUUUUAGGAGGAUAUGAAAGGGGCUAUGGUAUAUUUAUUUCCAAGGUUGAAAAGGGAAGCAAAGCGGAGGAUGUUGGUUUAAAGCGCGGUGACCAGAUCCUGGAGGUUAAUGGACAAAGCUUCGAUCACAUGAAUCAUGCUAAGGCACUUGAAAUCCUUCGGCAGACUUGUCAUCUGUCUAUUACUGUCAAGAGCAAUUUAUUAGCCUUCAAAGAGAUGUUGACCACACCAGAAAACUCUCCCCGACCACGAUCAAGAAAGACUUCCGAUGUACGUGGUAUUGCUGAUAUUAACAGUCAUAUGCCAAUGAACUCAACCUUUGUGUCUACCAUGCAUCUCCCGUAUGACCAGUCACCCAGGGAUAAAAGCAAAAUGGGCAACAACAAAGGCUCGUUCAUGACAACAAAAGCCAAUAAACUUAAGAAGAAGGUCAUAGAAUCUCUCAUGCCAAAGAAUAAUGCAUUAGACUCGCAAGCAAACAGCGAUGACAGCGUGUCGUCACACUCGAGUGUCAGUGGAGGACUGUACCACAGUCACAGCAACCCUGACCUUAGCACAGCUAGAGCUUAUGAUGAAUUAAGAGCUGAGUUCCCAGAGCACGUGUUAAAGGUAUAUCGGGCAACGGACCAGUCGGCCAGAUUCCUGCCAGUGCACAAAGAAACGACUGCUCGAGAAGUGGUCAUGCUUGCAUUGCAGAUCUUCAACAUCAACGAUCCAACUGGCUCUUCCAAUUAUGCUUUGUAUGAGGUCACAGUUACAGAAGAGGGAAUUACCAAGCAGAAGCGACUGCCUGAUUCAUUACAAAAUUUGGCAGAAAGAAUAGGUAAAAGAAAAAAUUUUGGUGUUUUAUGUGUAUUAGUUGUUUUCUAUUAUUUUUUUCAAAGCGAUGGCCCCCCCAAAAAAAUAGCAAAUAUCGUAAUUUUGUUCCCGAAAAAAUUUCAAUCGCCAAUUAUUCCAUUUUACCCAGUUGUUGCCAGGGACUUGACAUUCACCCACGAAGGCAAUGAUGAUAAGGUUGAAGGCCUCAUUAAUUUUGAAAAACUUAGAAUGAUAUCAAGAUACAUUCGAGACCUUCAAAAUAUGUGUUCUGCUCCUUAUGAUUUAUUCAACAUCCAGGAUGCUGGAGGUCAGCCACCAAGUUCUGCUUUGAUAUCUCUCAACCAGAUGGCUGGUGGUGGACACCAGAUUGCUACAGUUAAGAGACGAAAGAAGUCAACGGCUGCUCCUGAUAAAAAGAAGAUGUAUGAAGAGGCUCAGAUGGUUCGACGAGUGAAGGCGUAUCUGUCUCGCAUGAACAUAAUUGUGGAUGAAGAUCAACUUCGCACCAUGUCGUAUGAGUGUGAAGCUGGCUCGGAGGGUCACAAAGCAGCUGCUGGAUCAGUGAGUCACAACAGUAACAGCAGCAGUGGGUCCAACAGUGCUCCGCCCACUAAUCCACCACCUAGGAAGCGUCCAAACUCACCUACACCAUCCACUACAUCUUCAACAUCAUCAACAUCUCAGACAUCUGAUGGAAAGAAACAGACUGCUAAAUUUGGAGCUACAUCUCCCCAGUCCAUAAGCAAGAUGAAGGCCCUGGCAGAGCCCAAGACGAAGCCUCAUCACGGCCCACGCUCCACAACCCACCACUCACUCUCUCCCACCCCUUCCCCGGGCCCUCCUCGCAGGGGUGCGAUCACCAACAAUAAUUCUCGCUCGUCUCACGAGCGUUCUCAUUCAGACACUCAUGCAGUACCUGUGGACCUCAGUGCAGAGUCUUCCUCUGUCACCUCCUUAUCCAAACUCCAUAAAUCCCACACCUCAGGUAUGCCGCUAGACCCUGCACUUAAUCCUGUUGAUUCAACACUGUAUGACAUUUUACCUGUAAAAACACUAACUACAUCUCCACCCUCUGUGGCUUGCUCCCUCUCUUUUGUGCAUGCUGCUGCUUGCUCUGCCUUCAUAGCUUCUGUCAAGAAACUUUCCACUUCUAGUAAUAAUGUCAUGGGAAGAAAACCCCUAUGGACUUCCAUUAAUUCGACUCCUCUUGUAUCUAUUAAGAGUCACAGUGUAAAGCAACUUCAAAAGCAGAAGAAAAUUAUGCUCCAAUCAAAGCAGUUCAGCAGCAGUUUUGAUAGCACAUAUAGUACCAAUUUUGGUGAUUGGGAACAUAAGAAAGCUGCUCGUUCACUCUCGGUUUGUCCCACAAAAACAAAGAGAAGGUUGAAUAUAUUAAGCAAGUAUGAUACAUGUUCACGUAGUCUUCCAACAUCUGGGACAGAUCACAGCCAAGUAGAUCCUUCAGUCUCAGGCUUAAAUUCAAAUGUUCCUAUUGAUAAUGAUUGUGAAUUUCAAAUUUCUACUUUCAAAACAGAAGUUUUGCCUGUUGUUGGCAUAAUGAAUAACACUGAGGCACAAAAUACUAGAAAGGUUUCUCCCCAUUAUGAAGAACGCUUCAACAAUGAAUGUGUAGAAUCAUUCACUCAAGAAGAUCACUUGAAUCUCAGUAAUCGAAAAAACAGAGUCUUGACCAGUCAGAUCAAUAUCUCAUCUACUCAGAGAGACACUUCUAAGUGCCGUGGAGAUAUCAGCCAUACUGGAAUUUUAUUUACCAAUUCCACAAGUCGUCCAGCUACCUGCCAGAAAGCUGCAGCAUUCAGCGGUGCUGAAGAUAAUUCGGCAGCUGGUUUAAAAAUGACCUCGUUUGUCAUUAAAAAAAAUACAACUUAUACUAUUAAUAAAGACAAAACAGUUUUAAGUCAGAAGACUUCGAACUGUAAUCGCAAAGAUUUGUCUGACACUUACAAGAAUAAAGAGGUACAAGCGUUAAUGAAAGGAAACAAACAAGUAGCCAGUACUGGGAUCUUUCAUAAAAUAUUUAGAAGUAAAAGUGAAGAUAUAUUAAGCAAGGAUGGUAGCAAGAAUAAUGUCCAAAGAUGCAGUGAUAAAGAGAGCAGUGUGGUGGAACUUCUGUUAACCCCUGCACUAACUAGGUCAUUGUUUGCCAAAAGUCAGAGUGAUGAUCAGUUGGACAAAGCAGCUGAGAGACCAGGGUUAACCAAGAGUUCUUUUGCAGAGUCUCAGUGUUGUGGUAACAAGGAAGUGUCUCCUGCAACGAUGAAAUGUCCCAAGAUGAAAAAACCUUUUCAGUCCAUUUUUGCACCGGAUUCUAGUUCUCUUGGUACAAUUUUCAAAAAGAAAAUGAAAUUGAGGAAGAGUCACAAUUUUACCACUGAUGAUAUUUCGUUACCAUCUCAUUGCUGUUUGGAGAAAAAGUUGCAUUGUCAGGAUUUGCAAACAGGAAUUUCUGAAACAAAAUACUCAAGCCUACAGAAAUAUGCAGAAGAUAAGGAAAUGUAUUUUCCAGUUGCCACUAAAAAUGCAGAAACAUCAAAAAAAGGUGAAAUCCAGAGAGUAUAUCAGGUUAAUCAACCCAUGAUUUUCUCAGCCUCAGUUACUGGUGAAGGAAAUAGGAAAUAUUUACACCAGAGGGUCUUAACUAAUAGUAUAAAAGAUAUGCCAUUAUUGGUAAAUAAUAGCACUCCUUUAAAAAGACCCAAAAAUAUUGAAAAAGGUAAUUCAGGGGACCUCAUUAAUUCUGAAAAUAGCUCAGUUGCCUUUGAAACUUUUACCAAAAAGCCGCCUUGGUUUGAAAAGUUCAUAAAAUCUCAGUUAGAAUCCUUUGGUCGGGAAGAUAAAGUCCUGCAUAAUUCUCACACUUUAAAUUAUUCUUCAGGUUCUUCAGUUUUUAGUAGUAAUUCAGAUGUUACAUCUCAAGAUGGUAUUAUAAACUCCAGCUGUCAAGACGAAGUAUUGCCAGACAGAAACACCUUCUCCGAGUCACUUAACCGUCUGAUGAAACACAAAGGUCAGCCUGAAGUUCACAAGCGAAUUGCAGAGAAACUUAGUGCAGUAAUACAGGAGUUAGAUGAAGAAAGGUGCAUAGCACCUCCAUCUAGUCCAUAUCCAGUAUCCAAAAUUAGCAGUCUUCAUCAUGGAGUAAGGAGACAGAGUCACUCAAGAUGUGAUUAUUUUCUGAAGCCAACAAAUGUAGUUUUUCCUAGGCCUACGAGUUUGUCUCUUGAUAUGCUAAACCAGCCUAGAAGAAACAGUGCACCAAUGUUAUCUCCCAUAGAAGAGGCAAAAAGUUCCCCCUCAUUACACAAUGCAAGUUCCAAUAUAAACAGCUUAUUAUCAGUAUCUUCUCAUGCUCUCGAAAGUCAGCAAGUAAAGAUUGCUCCAUCUUUGUGUUCCUCGAAGAUAAAUGCUCCAUCAUCGUGUCCUUUGAAGGCAAAUGUUCCAUCAUCGUGUCCCUUGACAGAAAAUGCUCCAUCAUCAUGUCAAUUGAAGGCAAAUAAGCUUUCAUUGGCAAUAAAAAGCAGGAGCCUUGAUGAAAAAAUUGGAGCUAGAGACUGUACUCAAAUAUUUCCACCGAAUUACUGGGAGCAGCAGCCAGAGAGUGUCACUAGGAUGUUAACACAUGUUGAUGGAGUGCCGCUGUCAGUGUUGUCACUUGAAGAGACUGUGAGAGAUCCUUGUGAUCUUAUUCAUCUAACACCUAAAACAUACUGUGACCAUUAUGAUAAUGACAGUGAAGUUGAAUAUGUCUAAAAUAUAGAUGGCUCAUGUUUUUAAGCAUUUCUUGAUGUUGACAGUUUCUGAAAUAUUUGUAAAGGAAGAUUGCCAUCAUAUUAGUAUUUUUAAUUUUAGUAAAUAAUUUUUUUUUUAUUUACCUGUAAAUGUAUGCACACAAUUUGAGCUUUAUUUUCCCCCACUGCCACCCACCCUGUCCUUUCUCUUAUCCACACAUUUGUAUCUCCGUGUCACUGCAUGGGGUCUGUGCGGAGAUCAUCAGUGGCUGCAUGACCACUCCACAGUGCUAUUUUAACAUUGAUGGGUAAAUG